UGCGCGCGAUAUCGUCUUUAGCAGCCCGUUUAUCACUCGCGCGCAGGAAAUUCGCUUCUAUAUACGCAAGUAUAAGUAUCGUUGAUAUUGUGUGCUUAUACCCGCGGUGAAAGUCCGCGGGCGCUCGAAACGGAACCAGCUGCACGGCUCGUUAGAUGCUUUCAUCCCAUCCGGGAAAAGGAAAGUCGGGUGAGCGCGCUUUAAGAUGCUUAUGCGCGCGAAUUACCUGAGAGUUUAUGUGCUGAUGCUGAUAUGCGGAAACUCUGCUGAUGGAGAUGUACUGACUGCAAGGCUUGUGCGAACGCUUGAUUCUCGACCGAUGCAGCGGCUGAUUUAUACAAGGAAUUAGUCGUGCAAGCCUUGCGCUGUGUUCACUUUUGCGUCGACCGAGUUGUCACAUGGUUCUGGAGAAAAAACGUUUUGUUAUUCAGGGAAAAUAAUUUCAAUAUCGUAAUUUGAUUACUAGCCGUCGAGCAGGUUGUGGCGCUCUUGCAACGUGAAAAAUAUAAAGCCAAAAAUGCGGUUUUUUGCGACGCAAAGUUUAAAGGAAUUACAAAUACUUUAUUUUUAUCUAGCAAGUUUUUCGCGUUGUCACAAUUGUCGCUGAUUCAUGCAUAAUAUGUGGCAAGCGUUAUCCAUUCGCGCUCAUUGAUAAUCAAUGCGCGAUAAAUACUUGCAUUUGAAUAAAGGAAAGUUUGCAGUUAAGUUUUUUAAUAAUUUUAUUGAUGCAUAGACACUUUUCUCUUUUGCAUUUUUCAACGCUCAUAUAAACUGGUGGUUAGAAAUUGUCGAAGACUGGUUCCAUCCUAAUUAACUAUACACAGUAUUGCACUUAGUUUGCGAUAAGGUACACUUAUUGACAAUUUUGUAUCUUUUUCCGGUUUCGCUGCGUAUUACGUGCAAUGAAACUCAUUUUUCAGUUGUUACAUUAUAUUGCGCCUAAUAUGCACAGUAUAAAUGCUUGUGACCAAUUCUUUCUAAAAAUAUGAUCUAAUAGAAAUUAAAUAAAAAUAAAAAUAGCGAUAAUAACAAAUAUGUUUACAUUUUCUAAAAUUCUUAUCGUGUUUUGCGCACUUGGUACCAGAUAAAACUCGCUAUAAAUAGAACGAUUGUCGGCGAGAGAACUGCUGAGCGUCUUCUAUCAACACCGUAAAAAAUUUCCGUUAUAUUCUGCACCUCGAUCGCACAACUAUUCGUAAACUAAAGCUACACCGGCUAUUGCCAAAUCCUCAACGUUUAAACUACUUAAAAACAAAAGAAAAACAUUCAACGUACGUUAAGAGCAGGCAAGGAUGAUCGAGGAAUGCUCGAUCGAACGAGCGUCAGAAUUAUUGGCGAAAGCCAGCGUAUGCGGGCACAGACUGUUCUCUCGAGCUACAAUUGGCGCGCUAUUCGCCGUUCAGCGCGUUCUUUCCUCUCUCGCAGGCGUUGUAAACUACUUGGACGCCUGGAAGGGGACAUCGACAGUUUAUACGUACGCACUAUACCUAUAUGACGAAGAUUCGCUUCUUUUUCUCCGGAUUUGGCGGGCGCAGCAUUAUAAAACUGGUUUCGACAUUUUGCUGUGCGCGUGUAUACGUCUGUUACAUGUAUACAUAACGCUCGAACGUCCGCUACACAUUACUUAUUUCUUAAGACGUUGUUUUCAUUACGCAAACUAUUAAAUAUUCAGCGAGUUUUUAUAAACGACACGCUCUCUGCAUGCAGAGUUCAAGUUCGACGGGCUGCAGCUGCGGGCGACGCAAAAAAUAAUGCCAAGCGAGUAUUUUAGGCGACCCCGCCCGGAGCUGCAGGGAGCAAACGCUCUUGUACGUUUCAAAAGCUGCAGGUGGAAAAGGAGCAUAAUUAACGCGUUGUAUAAAGCCGAGCAUCCUUUGAGAGAGUUGUUUUUUCAGUGCAGAGUCGUUUUUUUUUUAUUUAAGCUUGUGGACCAAGCCUAUUUCAAAGGCUUAUAGACAGCUGUAUUUACAGGGUCCGUAACGAACGGCUAUUUUUUUUUUUUAUCAAUAUAUCUUCGACCUCUGACUUGUGCCUCGAUGAAAUAUCUCGCGAUAUGGAUUCGAUGCAAAAAUCAUGGACUAUGAUUCACUUUGUCUAAUGAAUAAUACUGCGAUUUAUCUGAGCGAGGCCGCAGCUAGCGAAUCAUCUCGAUAUGAAAAUACUUAAUCGUGUGUACAAGUAUUGACUAGAACUUGAGGCUUAGAAAAGCACAAAUUUAACACACUCCCAACAAACAAUUGCACUAGUUACUUAUUAAAUCGAGACGGUACUGGUCGUGCUGUUCAUGUCUUCUUGUAAUUGGGCGCUGUCUCGAACUCUUGAGCACAUCAGGCUGUACUCCAAAACGCCUAUUCUUAUGCUCAUUUCGGAAAUUUCACUUUUCAUCUUGGAAAUAGUCUUCUUAAUGUUUAUCAGUGGCGCUAAAAUAAUAAUAACAAUGAUGAUUUUUUAUGAAACUUUUAUAGCUAUAUUUAUGUCUUCUGCACAGAAAGAAUUUCAAGGUGACUAUGGCGAAAUGUGUUAUCAUAUUCAAGGAUGAAUGAAAUGGUUAUUGUUCACUUGAAAGCAGUUUCAACAUAAUAUUUAUGAAUUGCUUUUUAAAAUAUUUCUUUGAAUCAAUACUUAAUACUUACUUCCAUCUGUCAUACUUGAACCUCUUUCAUCCAUUUCCUUUUUGACUUGUUCUAAUUCUUCUGUAAGUUUAUUUAAAGUUCUAGUUCUCUCUGUGACUCCUCCACUGAUAUCUCUGUACUGUUCUUUGACCUUAGAAAGUUCUUCCUAGAUGAUAAAGUUAUAAUUUCACAUAGUAGAAGUCAUCUAAUUAAUUAAACUAAAAUAGCAACAUUCAUUGUUUUUAAUUUACCUGAAGACCUCUUAAUUCUUGAAGUUGAGGGUCCAACUGACGGUUCAAGUGAAUCUCUCUUGUACUUAUUUUAUCUAGUGCUCUUCCAAUGUCGGUGUAUAGUUUAGCCAGUUGACCUUUUGUCCCAGAAAGGUUUUCUGUCAUACUUGAAUGCAAGGUUUUCAUUUGAUUUAGAUGUUCUCUCCAAUCUCGAUCAUCUUUUUAUUUAUAAAAUAUAUUUAUUAAUUAACAACCUUCCCUAGAUCAAUAAAAGAUAUAUUACUAUUAAAAUAUUUGACAUAAUAACCUGCAUUAGUGUUAAGUUUCAACAUUGGCUCCACACGUUCUAACUCCAAUUUCCAUUCCUCAGCAUCGACAGUAGAUUCCAAGAUUUUAUCUGGUUUUUGACUACUGCUCUGCAAGACACAUUGUUGAGUUAGUUUGUACUAUUUGUGAAAAUUAUCUCGAUUUAUUUUUAGUUAAACUUACUGAAACUUCUUUGUACAAUUUUGUAAUAUCAUCAACGUGAAUAACAUCAUCGUCAUCGUCAUCAUACUCGGCUAACAUUUCUUCUUCAACUUUUUCUAAAAUUAAUUCAGCAUCAUCUUCCUCUAUUUCUGGUUCAAGUACUGUCUCAUCUGGUGGAAUUUGAACUCUACAAUGAUAAAUUUAUAUUUUUUAAGUACAGACUCAGUUUUACAUAGUGUGAUUACAGUUAUAAUUAGCUUACUUCUUCCAUUUGAAUUUUGAAACCUUAAGAGCAUAGUCUGCAAAUUUAUCGAGUACAUACACAGCAUGUUCGCCAACCCCUUGCUUUAAUUUAUUUGGAGAAAAUUCUACAGGAACCUCAAUCUCUUUCAAGUAUUCUAAUAUUUCUGAUACUGUUGAGUUUGGAUCAUCUGAUUCUUGCGGUGGGGGAAAAUUUUUUCCUGAUUUUCUUAUCAACCAUGCAGCUAAUGAUGUAAACAUGUAAAAUUGAUCUCCAGGAUUUGUUGGAACCAUAAAAUAAUGCCUGUUCAAAGAAUAUCAAUUAUAACAAAUUUAACCUGAUUGAUGAUAUUAUAAUGAGAUAUAACAAAUUUACCUGCUUAUAUACUUCAUUUUUAAUUCCUGCACAAAUUCAAUGUCAUAAUUGAGUAUUUUUAAUUUUUCCAACAAAUCUUCCAUCUGAAUAUUUGCAGCAAAGGCUGCAGAAGGAGCUGCCGCAUCCUCAAUAAUAAUUUUUUGUGUAUCCCUAAACAUUCUUGUAUUUCUCAAAUUUUACUGCCUCAAGUGUGAAAAUCUGAAACAAAUUUAUACAUGCAUAAUUUACUUGAUCGUUGUUUCACGACUUUAUUACUGUAUUUUUAACUUGAAAUAAAAAUCAGAAAACUCGAAAUUCAGCGGUUCUAAAAUGUUUGUUUACACGGCAUCAUGCGUUCCGCGAGAGCAUAUACGCUCCUUUUUCCAAGAUCGAUAAAAAGCAUCCAUCCAGUUAUAUCAGAUUCAAAGGUUAGUAGCGACGUUAGAAAGGAGAUUUACUACUCACCCUCUCAGCUGCAGCAGCUAGCGGGAAAAUCCAUUAUCCGACCGCGUCGAUUGUUCCUGUGACUGCCUCUCUAUAUACCCUGGCUGCAGCUCGACGUGAAUCGCAACAUUAAUGAAAAGGUUACCCGCUCAGCGUUCUGACGUUUAUUCGUCUCUUGCUCUCACGACUGGAGUUUACAACUGGGGCAGCGAUAAGCCCGGCUAUUGUCGCGCGCCACGAGAAACGGAAUAAAAAGAGUGGAUAAUGUUCAGAACUUGCCUCUCAUUCAAUCUGCUUGCGGCCAAGUCGAUGGGAUCGAAUUUGCUCUCUAGUCUCUGCGUGUGCGCACAUACUGCUAUACUGAAGGACUAGAUUUACAUUUCCUCUCGCCGUCUCUUACUUACAUUCGAAUGGUCUAACCUAUUGUUGACGCGUGGGAGUAAAUUGUAAAAUCAAUUUGUUUGCCGAUAGGGGUAUGUCGAUGUAUGCCGACUAUGCGGCCACCUGCGCCUAUACGUAUGUACUGUCCGUUGCCGUCUGCUAUGCCGUCGUGACAACAACAAACCUAGAGAAUUUUCCAAGUGAUGUCCGAGCACAGAAUUUUUAACGAAUGCAGAACGUUCGUUGAAAGAAAGUAAUAAAUCUAAAUUUUCUACGAUAAGUUCGUACUUUUAAAAACAAUUCAGUACACGGUAAAUUUAUUUUCAUCAUUUUACGUUUUGCUUUGGGUUUGGAAAAAAAUUGUCUACCCUUCUUACGGCGCUUUCUUUUGUUGGCAGCAUCGAUCUCUAUAGUAACAAUUCGUUCCCAACUCCCCAGAUCCGAUACAGUCGAUAGGUAGAGCUCAAUGACUUCGCCAGAAAGGCUAUAUAAGUAGAUGAGCUUUGCGAGUGUUGCAGAUGUUGGCAGUGGCUUGAAGUCUGCGUAAUCUUAUCGAUCAUUGUUGUGUUUUUUUUUAUAUUCGGCGUACCUAUAAUUUGUUGCGUUUUCCGAGCUCUACACUGCGUCAGCACGAUAGCACAAAAGGUGAUAAGAAGAAGAUGCCGUGAAAUUUUCCCAGGACAAUCGACCGGCUUUAAGAGGACCAGAAAUCUCAAAAUUUAUUCGCCAAGAUGACGUAUAUCAUACCGGAGCUGUUGUUCGCGUUCGCGCUGCUUGACACCGGCGCUCUUUUGUUUCUGCUCGUGUACUUUGUAAUAACGCUCUCAGACUUGGAGUGUGAUUAUUUAAAUGCUCAGCAAUGCUGCUCAAGACUGAAUGCGUGGGUCAUUCCAAAGAUGCUGGCACAUACAAUCCUAUUAAUACUUUUACUUAUUAACGCUCAGUGGAUAUUAAGUCUUGUUAACGCACCAAUGACUAUGUGGCUUUUGUAUGAAAUAUUCACAACUCCCAGAGGCAACAUGGGUGUGUAUGAUCCUACAGAAAUUCAUAAUCGAGGACAAUUGAAAAGGCACAUGAGAGAUUGCAUGAUUUAUCUUGGAUAUUAUCUCGUGUUUUUCUUUAUUUACUUGUAUUGUUUGAUUGUUUCACUACUCAAAGGAGAUCCAAUCAAUCGACACGAAGAUGAUAAUGUGGAAUUUUAGACUUACUAAGAAAUAAGAACCGUAUUACUAUAUGCAGUGAUUUUGUAUGUGCAUCUAUUUUGUAUGUCGGUAUGUAAGGUGUGAUUUUUGCAUUAAGUUAUUUAUUUCAAGCAGAACUUCAUUUCUGAAACAAGCAAACGAAAAACUAUCAACUUGAGAUAUUUUUCGUAUUUAACAAGGCUGAAACACUUAACAUUAUUCUUAUAAUUUAUUUGGUUUCUAGUCCAGGUAUCUUCUUUAACAAUUAAUGAAUUUACUAUUUAGCAUAUUGCAAGUUAUUUUAUAUGGAACUGCAAUUGCGUUUCUACAGCUAAACAAUAUUUUUUGUAGUCAUAAUAAAAUAUUCUAUUGUUGCUUAAAAAUCAACGAACCAUUAAAUUAAUUGAAAUGUAUGAAAAAAAAAUAGACGACUGCAAGUACAGCAAAGUUACACGAAGCUCGCUGCUAUUGUUCAGUUAACAACGGAAAUUCAAACGAGAAAAAAUGCUCGCAGGUACUUUUGAACCUUUUGUGCUAUCUUUACCUUGUUGAGUUCUCUUUUCUGCUUGACUUCAUUGCUUAUUCAUUUUUUCUUGCUCACGGGCAUCAAAGCAGGAGAGAUACUUGCUAGAUACGUUUUUCUUUCAGCAACACGUAUGCUCCUACUCUCACGAAAACUUUUUUUUUCUAUCUGAUAAUGUACGGCAGUGCAUUCGGACAUCAAUAUUGCAACUUACUUUCGUUAAACAAACGAGCAAGCAUAAUACCGUGUAAAUAACGAUAAUGAGCUCUGCGAACGAAUUAUUAUAAGAGUAAAAUUAAACUGCCAAAAAUUAUUGUUCGACUAUUUAAGAAUUCUAAGAUGAGCUCAAGUUACAUGCUUACUUCGGGCAUUGGUAAUGCGAAUGUAAUGUAAUAUGUGAAUACACAAAAAAUUAUAAUAAAACUAUUUUAUUAUAAAAUA